UCUGGUCGAACAGUGCAAUUUCAUGGUAAUAAUACAAUUGUCGCAGUAUCUCUAGAGAGAAAUUGAUCGCAUAAAUAUUUGAUGAGAAGUUGGUUGAAAUGAACGCGUUUGGUUCUCAUGGCAAAUUAUUACACAAUUUGGUGUAAAUGAUUAUAAAUGAUAAAAUUUACGUUUAACAUUUUUUUUCUUUAAAAGAAAGAAGAUCAGUAUAUUUAAUCGAACAGUAAAGGAAAGACGGAAUAAGAGAAUUUGUCCAUGUCUUCGAAUCUCACAGUAAAAUUUUGGUGAUCGCAGAGAAAUGACACGUAUUUCUCAAUAUUGUAAUCUCAAUAAAAUCCUACUGCUUGCUCUCGGAUUUUGGCCUUAUAAACAAUCUAAAUUAACUCGAUUUCACUGCAAUAUUUUUCGUGUUAUUUUAUCAACGGGUAUUGUAUUUCAGAUAACACCAUUGAUAACAUUAAAAUGUACUUCUGAACUCGUUAUCAAGGUGCUGUCUUCCGUAUCUUUGUGUACAAUGUUUUUAAUUCAAUAUCAUUCAUACUAUCUUAAUAUUGAAGUUGUAAAAAAUUUACUAAUACAGCUUGAACAUAUACAUAAUAAGUUAAAGGAUAAAAACGAAAUUGCUAUUGUAUACAAAUAUAGUUGCAUUGGCAAACGCUAUACGAUUGCACUUACGGCAAUUGGAUUUUGUGGAAUACUUGUUCUUAGUACAAGUCAAAUCUGGUUGAAUUUAAAUGAUACUAAUUUAUCAAUAAUGAAUGUAUCUGGACCACAUUAUUUCUUUGUUAUGGAAUACUUUAUUGAUCAGAAAAAAUAUUUUUAUUUAAUUCUACUACACGCUUGCGCAGUAUUAUACAUCGGGGGAACUGUACUGUUAGCAAUAGGCACAAUACUUAUUACAUAUAUUGAGCAUACCUGUGGAAUGUUUAAAAUUGCUAGUUAUCGCAUCGAGCAUGCAGUAAACAUGGAUCUACAAAAUACUACGCUAAAAAGUAAGAUAUUGAUGACUGAAGGCAUAAUUUGUGCUGUACACAUUCACCGGCAAGCUAUAAAAUUGUCCAAACGUAUAUUGUCCACGUUUGAAGCAAUGAUAUCUUGUUUCACGGGAUGUGUUGUAAUUUGCUUCAGCCUCAACUUGUUUCAACUUUUUCAAAUAACAUCAUUUAAAAAUAAUGUGCACGAAUUUAUAUUGCAUUUUACAUACGCAACUAUAAGCAUAUUACACAUGUUUAUAGCCAACUAUAUCGGACAGAGUGUAAUCGACCACAAUAAUCACGUAUACAUUGCUGCGUACAACGUUCAGUGGUAUAGAACUCCUUUACAUAUUCAGAGAAUGGUAUUAUUUUUGUUGCAAAGAGGAGCAAUUCAACAUACUUUAAAUAUUGGUGGAUUAUUUGAUGCGUCCAUAGAAGGUUUUGCCACGGUAAUAUGUUUGUAUAACAUUUUGGAAUUAUCUAUGAAUUAUAUAAUUAGAAAGAAUUUUUAAUUUCAGCUAAUAAGAGCUUCUAUAUCUUAUUUUACACUCAUUAAUUCUGUACAGUAAGAAGAUAAACAUUAAUUUAUUAUUUAUGAUUACGGUAUAUUUAAUGAAGAAAUUGUAGCAUUUGCACUUAGAAAAUAGUGUUUACUUUUUUUAUAUAUAGUAUUAAAUUUUCCUACAUUUUUUUUGCUACAGAAGAAAGUUAAUGUUACUUAAAUUAAGACAUUUUGUAUGCAAGGCUUUAAAAUCAUUGUGCUGUCUUCACAUGUGAAUAAAGCAUGUUUAAAUAUUUUAUAUUACCAUUAAAA